GAGCUUUUUUAGAUGUGUUCUUUCCAGCUACAGGGAUUCUGAACGUUCCUAUAAAUGUGUAUGGGACAUUGUUUUUUUUCUUUUCAUUGGCAGUGCCAUUGAUGCUUUCACUAUUUUGAGCAGUCAACUGGGUGGGGCUUGGUAUGGGUUAGGAGGGAUCACAGAAUUCCAUUCAGGUCAGCAGGAGGGGUCACAUAAUUCUAUUCAGGUCAGCAGGAGGGAUCACAGAAUUCCAUUCAGGUCAGCAGGAGGGGUCACAGAAUUCCAUUCAGGUCAGCAGGAGGGAUCACAGAAUUCCAUUUAGGUCAGCAGGAGGGAUCACAGAAUUCCAUUCAGGUCAGCAGAAGGGGUCACAGAAUUCCAUUCAGGUCAGCAGGAGGGAUCACAGAAUUUAAUUCGGGUCAGCAGGAGGGAUCACAGAAUUUCAUUCGGGUCAGCAGGAGGGAUCACAGAAUUCCAUUCGGGUCAGCAGGAGGGAUCACAGAAUUCCAUUCGGGUCAGCAGGAGGAAUCAGCCAAUUAAUUAUACUGCUGCGUGAACAUUCUGUAACUGUAGAUGGCAGUAAAUCACCAACCUUGUCUCUGUACCUGUUUAGACUAAACACACUGCAGCACAGUAUGCAGCUACACUCUAGCACAGUAGGUGGUGGUAUGAUCCUAUUCAGUUUAUUUAUGAAGUGUCACUACACUCAUAGAAGUAAAGAAAACCCACAAUGGCUCUGGCCUUGUUGUCACAGAAGUGGCCAUUGCUGAAGAUAGAAGAUGAGCUGUCUAGUACAUCUCUAUGGUAUGGGGUGACGAGGCUAAUAUGUUAUUGUUUCUUUCCCUACACACCCAAUGUGAUGGAUGUGACAUCUCUGUCUAAGGCCAACCACGCUGGAGGACCACUCGACGCGAUGCCAAGUGGCGCUCGGUGUUCAAACACCGCAACUAAUGGAAGCAACGUUAAUGCACCAAUGCUAACAAGGUGUUCAGUUGGAAAGGACUUGCAUUUAAGUUGUACCACAAAUAUUUAUGGCCAUGUGCCUGGAGGGGAGAUGAUUGACCAGCAGGGGCCAGUGUAUGACCAGAGUAAGGAGAAACAGAACAUCCUUCACAUCAGAGACGAGAUCAAAAAACACCAAAAGAUUAAGUCUGAAACCAUACUAGAGGGUAUUGCAACCCAAAGCACAUCAGUCCUUAACAAGGUCUACACAGAGUUGUACAUGGUCACCUGUGAUUCUACCAGCAUCAAUAAGGAACACGAGGUGUGGCAGGCCGAGACGGCACACCUCAAAGACUACUCUGAGGCGUCUGUCAUAAAAUGCCAAGAUCUCUUCAAGCCUGCCGAAGACGAAACUAUCAGAUGUGUGAUGACAAAGGGAAUCGCUGGCAUUGGGAAAACUGUGGCAGCUCAGAAGCUCAACUUGGACUGGGCAAAUGGAAAAGAAAAUCAAGAUCUAGAUUUUCUAUUCCUCCUAUCUUUCCGGAAGCUGAAUUUGAGAAAAGGCCCGUACAGUCUGCAUGAACUUCUUCAGCUCUUCUACCCUGAACUUAAAGACAUAAACGUUAGGAAGAUGUAUGAUGAACAUAAGGUUUUGUUCAUCCUUGACGGCCUGGAUGAGAGCCAACUGCCACUAGAGUUUGAUGAAAUUGAAAACAGGCUGAUAUCUGAUGUGUCUGAGUCUGCUUCACUGGACGUUUUGCUUACAAACCUCAUCACUGGCCGUCUUCUCCCUGGGGCUCUCCUCUGGAUAACCUCCCGUCCAGUAGCGGCCAAUCAGAUCCCCAGAGAGUAUUGUCAUCGAGUUACAGAGAUCAGAGGGUUCAAUGAUGCUCAAAAGGACGAGUACUUCAGGAAACACAUCAGAGAUCCAGAGAUGGCCAGCCGCAUCAUCUCAGACAUAAAAGCAACCCGGAGCCUCUACAUCAUGUGCCAUGUACCGGUGUUCUGCUGGAUGGCAGUAACUGUGCUUCAGGAUAUACUGAGUAAAGACAGCAAGAGUGGGCCAAAGCCUCGAUCUUUACCCACAACCCUCUCUGAAAUGUACAUGCAUUACAUUAAGAUUCAAACAAGGAUCAGUUUCGAGAAGCAUGGACCAACACAGGGGAAACAACUUUCUUUGAUGUCAAACAAAGACAUCAUUUUGAAAUUGGGAAAGCUAGCGUAUCAGAACCUGGACAGUCAAAACGUGCUCUUUACAGAACAGAACUUGAAAAACUGUGGCAUUAGUGUCAUGGAAGCUGCUACAUGCCCUGGCCUGUGUACAGAACUUGUUGAAUUAGAGCAUGGACUGUAUCCAAAGAAAGUGUACUGUUUUGUACACUUAAGUGUUCAGGAGUUCUUUGCUGCGCUGUACGCAUUUCAUGAAUUUGAAAAUGGUAGGAUUGACUCAGUGAAAGCCUUAAUCAAAAAGAGGAAAGGGGCCACUUUGUUAGGUUUUCUCAAAGGUGCUCUGGACAGGGCAUUAGAUAGUAAAACUGGACACCUGGACCUUUUCGCGCGCUUCCUUUUCGGGAUCUCUCACGACUCCAGCCGGGCAAUCCUUCAAGACAUUCUGGGAAAAACAACCAGUGGUUCACAAUGCAACAAAAAGUUAAUCGGAUAUAUCAAGAUGUUGAAAAGGAAGGACCUCUCUCCAGAGAGAUGCAUCAACUUGAUCCACUGUCUGCUUCAGCUGAAGGACCGCACCAUUCUACAGAAUGACAACAACAACCAAGUCUCGCCUUCCGACACACAGCCAACUCCAUUUCGGUGUUCUCUCCUGGCGUAUAUGUUCAUUAUGUCAGAAAAGCCUGAAGAGUUUGACUUCAGGAAUAACAAAACUUCUGAGGAAGCUUUUCGCAGACUGACUCCUGCUUUGCUGUCUUGCACUAGAGCGUUACUCAACUUUUGUGACAUCACAGCACUGGAGUGUAACACUGUAGCCUCCGUUCUUCAGUCUGAGAAUUCCCACCUGACAGUCUUGGACCUGGGACACAACAACCUGGGAGAUGAAGGGGUGAUCCGACUCUGCUGUGGGCUGCGGAACCCCAACUGCAAGGUGGAAACCCUGAAUCUACGCCACAAUCAUGUGGGAGUUGGCGGUGUCAUUGCAAUCUGCGAAGUGCUGACUUGUCCCACCUCAAAACUCCUGAACUUGGACCUCAGCUGCAAUGACCUUGGGGACCCGGGGGCAAAGUUGCUUGCUUUUGCCCUCCACAAGUGUUGCAAGCUGCAAGCACUGAGGCUAUCUGGCUGUUUGAUCACAUUACCUGAGGAUGUGUCCUCUGUCCUGGCCAUAGCUUCGAGGUCAGCAUGCUUCCAGAUGAAAGAGCUGGAUCUGAGCUACAAUCCCCUCGGAACCGUUGAAUUGGAUUUCCCGCUUCAGCUGAACAUGGACCACGGAGGAGAGAGCAGGAAUAAACCGGGUCUGCAGAAAUAUGCCAUUGAGGUCACACUAGACCUCAGCACAGUAAACGAUUUCCUGUCCCUGUCUGAGGGGAACAGGAAGGUGACCCACCAGAGGAAGAAGCAGGACUAUCCCUUCACCGAAGAGAGGUUUGAUAACUGCAACCAGGUGCUGUGCGAGGAGGGCCUCUGCGGGCGUCAUUACCUGGAGGUUGAGUGUCUACACGACGUACAUAUAGGCAUGGCCUACAAGAGAUUAGAGAGGAAAGGAGCCGGGGAGAAUGUAACGCUGGGACAGAAUGCUGUUUCUUGGGCUUUGUACGCCUCAAAGGAUAAGUUCCAUGCCCAGCAUAAAAAAAUGAUUCACAAUUUACGGCUCCCUGAAAUCAAAUCAAAUGAGUCCUAUAGAAUAGGGGUGUUUCUGGACUGGCCGGCCGGCAUCCUGUCCUUCUACAACAUCUCCUCGGAGUCUGACAAACUGACCCACCUGUACGCAUUCCACACCACAUUCACUGAGCCCCUUUAUCUUGGGCUUAGACUUCAAUCCCCAACAUCAACCAUUUCUCUCAUAGUCAAGUAGCCUACAGUACAUCUAAGCAUUGUCUUUCAGAAAGUAUAUGUGCCACUGGGUGGGGAGGGAGAGGCGUUAUAGAAAAGUUUGUGGCCAUACUUAGGUGCUAAGCUAAUGUAGUAUACUUGAGAACAGAAUGGAUCAUGGGUUUGCAGUACUGUUAUGUUGUAUCUCUACUUUAUUCCUCUUGUUAUAUUUUGUGAACAAAGAAUGUAAAAUAAUGUCCUAUAUACUGUAUAGCCGCUUCAUUUUAAAAGAAUGUCAAAAGCUGGCUAAUGAUCUAACAAUGGAACAAAACUUUGUCUGUGCCUUCAGAAAGUGUUCACACCCCUUGACUUUUUCCACUUUUUGUUGUGUUAAAAAGUAGGAUUAAACUGGAUUUAAUUGUAAUUUUUGGUCAAUGAUAAUAAAAUAAAACUAAUACCAAGGUGGUAGAAA